CUUCCUUCGCUUUUCCGGAUGACCCAUCGCGGAUUUCAAAUAGCUGCGCACCCCAGCUGAACUUACCCAGAUCGGACGAGAGGAGAAGGAGACACGGCGGAGAGAAGACGGAGUCACAGGAGGAGGAGGAUUGCCGCCGCCCGCAGCAGGUAGAGAGAGCAUGGACUUCCUCGCGCUCCCCCGCCGCGACCUGCAGGCGCUGUGCAAGCGCAACGGCGUCCGCGCCAACAUGACCAACGCCGCCAUGGCCGAGGCCCUCGCCGCGCUCCCCACGGUUGAUGGGAUCGGGGAGUACGUCAAGGAGCCCGUCACCGUUCCUGCGCCAGAGGUUAAGGCGGCAGCGGCGGAUGAGCAGCAGCGGGAGAAGCAGGGGAGCCCGCUCCCGCGCGGCCGCCGCGUGACGGUCAAGGCGGUCCAGACGGACCGCGGCAAGGAGGAUGAGAAGCAAGAAUCGGCCAAGGAGGACGCGCCGGCACUUGCAGUUGGGCGGCGCGGUCCCAGCCGGCGCGCUCGGCCUGCUCCUGUCGUGGCGUCUUCGGUGGCCGUACCGGUUGGAAAGGCGGAGGAAGCGGAGGACAAGCAGGGCGGCAGCAAGGAGGAGGAUCGGAGGCGGGAGACGAACAAGGAGGAUCCGCCAGCCCCUGUCGUUGGGCGGCGCGCUGCCAGCCGCCGCGCUCGACCAGAGUUGGCAGCAGAGUCAGCGGCGGCAGGGGCGGUAGAGGAGCAGAGGAAGAAAGAUGGAAGCCCGGCCCCGCGCGGCCGCCGCGGUGCGGUCAAGUCGUCCGAGCCCAUCAGACCGGAUGACUGUGAGGAGGAGGAGAAGGAGCUCAUGCGGGAGGCUGGAACGGAUGGUGCGCCGGCCCUUGGCGUCGGACGUCGCGGUGCCAGCCGGCGCGCUCGACCCGCGCCAGCGUUGGCUGAGCCGGCGGGCAAGGUAACAGAGGAGGAGAAGGCGCCACCGAUUCCUCGCGAUCGCCAUGUCAAUCUGAACGACGAAGAGGAGGAUAAAAAAGCAGCUACGAAGCCAGAGGAGGAGGAGGAAGACGUGCCAGCACUGGGCGUUGGUCAUCGCGGUGCCUGCCGGCGUGUUCGGCGCGCGCCUGCUGUGUCAGGCAAGGUAGCAGCAGAGGAUGAGCCACGGGCUCUGAUCCCACGUGGCCACGGCGUUCCUGUCAAGUCACCCGAGGUUAUCAGGCUGGACGAUUGCGAGGACGAGGAAAAGGAGGACACGAAGCCGGAUGAGAAGGACGAUGAAGCGCCUGCAAUUGGCGUGGGUCGGCGUGGUGCCAACCAGUGCGCUCCCGCCCCUGCAGAUUCUCCGGCUACGAGAAGAAGGGCUGCAGCAAGUAAAGCUGAGGCAGUGGGUGUGACCGAGGAGGCUGUGCCCAUGCGGGCCACUCGUCACCGUAAGCCAACUAUGAAAGCGGUGGCAGCGGCAGAGGAGAAGGCGCUGCCAAAGGCGACAAGAAGGAAGGCGGUAAAGAAGACCAUUUCGCAGCAGGAGGAACAAGAAAAGCCACAAGAGGCUGUGCCUGCUCCAGUUUCUGACGUGGGAUGUGAUAACCCUGAAGACCCGGAAGAGGAUUCUGGCCCUCAGAAGAGAGAGCAAAAACAAAAAGAUGAAGAUGUGGUGAUCAUUGAAGAUGAGAUACUGAUGGAAGAGACCCCGGCACAAGAGCUACUUGUGACCGAUCAGGAAUCCAUGGAUCAUUCAACACUGCAAGGACAACAAGUGGGUGUUGAGAAGUGUCUUGCUCCUUUGGCCAGCCAGGAGGAUUCACCUAUCAUGGGUCUCGUUUCAAUGGCAACAGAACAGGCAGCUGAGAAGGACGAAUGUGCCAAUUUUCAGGAUGGUAAAGGAUCCUGCGGGUCAUUGGACAAGGGGGUGUCCGAUAAGAACCAUGAUGCCGGUGAAGAGAUGGAAAUGGUGUCCAUCAUCCAGGGGGUGCAGGCCUCACCAACAGAAGACCACAUUGAGGAAGUUGUCACUGAUGAUGCUAACCAUGAAAGUGAAAUGCGGAAUUUUAAUGAAGUACUACAUGGCACAGAGGAAACCAGUGAGGCUAAUGCAGAAGAUGAUAUUGUCAGUCAGGACAAGGAAGAUGAUAUUGAUGAGUUGCAGGCUGACUUGGCAGAUGGGUCUGUUCUUGUUGAUUUGUCAGGGAAUAUCAAACUGUUUGUUGAAGAGGAGACCAAUGAGGUCAAUACUGAAGACGGUGUUUCUUUUCAGGAGAAGGGAGAUGUGGCUGUUGAUAUGGCACUGCCUGAAACAGUGGCUGAGGCCAUUCCUUCUGGUUGCUCAAUUGAUAUCAGCUGUGUUGAAGUGGAGAAGGCAGGAUACAUCACUAGUGAGAUGUCUGAGAGCCCAGCUGCAUUGGAUGAGGAUGGUAAGGAAACAAACCUGUACGCUGAUAUCUGUCAUGCCGAUAAACCGAGUGAAGUGGUCAUUGGUGACAGUGUGUCCCAAGUCACAGUAACGGACAGCAAAGAUGUUCAGGAGGAAAAGGUGGUGGUGAUCACUGAUGAUAUGCCAUGGAGCACAGCUGCGAUGCAUGAGGACGUCGAGGAAGAUCAGUUUCAAACUAUUUUUAUUCAUGCUGCUGACAGUCUGCCGGAAGUGAAAAUGAUAGAUUGUGAAGUUGAGGAGAAGACAGCAAUGAUCAUUGAUGAGCAGCAGCAGAGCACGGUUACAAUCGAUGAAGAUGUUGUCGACAACCAUUUGGAAACUGAUGUUGUUCAUGCUGAUGAACAUAAGGAAGUGGUAACUAUUGAUGAAGUGCCAGAAUCCACGGGGACAGAUGAUGAAGUUCUUGAGGAGGACAAGGCAGCUGUGAUCACUGAGGAGGUGCCACAGAGCACUGGUAAAAUGGAUGAGGACGACAAGGAAGAUCAGUUCCAAACUGCUUUUGUUCAUGAUGAUCAAGUAGUCACUGCUGACAGUGUGCCGGAUCUGAAAAUAACAGAUUGUGAACCAACUGAGGAGGACAAGACAACACUGAUAGCUGAUGAGAAGCAACAGAGCACAGUCACAAUGGAUGAAGAUGUUGUCGAUGAUCAUUUCGAAACUGAUGCUGUCCAUGCCGAUGAACACAAGAAAGUGGUAACUGCUGAUGAAGUGCCAGAACUCACAGGGACAGAUGAAGUUGUUGAGGAGGAUAAGGCAGUUGUGACUGCUAAGGAGGUUCCACAGAGCACAGUUACCGAUGAGGAAGUCGAGGAAGAUCAGUUCCAAACUUUUUUUGUUCAUGCUGAACAAGUACUCACUUCUGACAGUGUGCCUGAUUUGAAAAUAACAGAUUGUGAAGAGAAAACAACACUGAUCAUUGAUGAGAAGCAACAGAGCACAGUUACAAUGGAUGACGCUGAUGUUAGUGAUUAUUCCGAAACUGAUGAAUUGAAGGAAGUGGCAACUGAUGACAAAAUGCCACAACUCACAGGGACAGAGGGUGAAGUUGUUGAGGAGGAUAAGGCAGUUGUGAUCACAGAUGAAGAGCUCGAUGUUUCAGAAGAAUCCAAAGAUCGCAUAACUCCAGCACUGGUUGAUGAUGCCACUGAGUCCCUGUCCAAUAGCAUCAUCACUGUGGAGCCAGCUGCGUCCAUAGCUGCAGACGCAUCAGUGUGCAAGAACACCAUCGAGAAGAACACUACUGAACUUGUGGUAAUGCAAGAUGAGAAGGCAGUAAAGGUGAACAAGAAAUCUGUGGAUUUGUACGCAUUUAGCCUACGGCAGCUCAAAACCAAGCUCAAGGAGGGGCUGAACGCCCAGAAGAACAAAGAAGCAAAGAGGGUGGCCCUUGCUAGAGUGGACGAGAAUGUGUGUCGAUCCCACACAAAGGGCCAGCUGCAGAACCUGAAUCUGCAACAGCAUUAACCCGGAGAAGAAGCCGCGGCUCUGAACUCUGACCAUAUCAUAUUUGCGUGCCAGAUGGUAUCAGGUUGUUCUGAAACCAUGGUUUCUCCGACCUUGGCAUCUAACCUAUAUUUGUGCUUGUUCUUUCGUGUGUUUGCGUGUUUGCUUGGAGAGGCAUGAGGCGAUUCGGCUGUAUUUUGUCAAGUCUAAUCGUAGGCUAGUACCCAGCUUUGAACUGUGAGUGGUUUGCUGGUGUUGGUUGCCUGUCUUAUUUUGAACUCCCAUUACUCGUUGGGAAAACCUGCUUAUAUAUAUUUAUGUAUCGUGCAAUAACAAGGUAGCAUCAGACUGUUUGGAAAUGA